AAAUUUUAUCAGUCAAUUUUUGUAUUUCACAGCAUUUACAAUUGCGCUUAGCAACCAACUGAGACAUCCUUCUGAGAGCCUUCCAACAGGAAUUUAAGCAUAAUUUUUAAAUAAACAAAAUGAAAUACAUUGUCGCUGUUUUACUCGCCGCCUUGGUCGCUAUGGCCGCUGCCGAGGAGUACAAGAUCCGCAAUCAGGAUGACUUGUUGAAGGCGCGCAAAGAAUGCAUGGAAGCUAAGAAAGUGCCCACCGAACACAUUGAGAAGUUCAAGAAAUUCGAAUUCCCCGACGAUGAGGUGACGCGCUGCUACAUCGAGUGCAUCUUCAACAAAUUCCAAUUGUUCAGCCCCACCGAAGGUUUCAAAACACAAAAUCUGAUUGCCCAACUCGGCCAGAAUAAGGAGAAUAAGGACGCUGUAAAGGCUGAUAUUGAGAAGUGUGCCGAUAAGAAUGAACAGAAAUCGGAUUCGUGCACAUGGGCCUAUCGUGGAUUCAAGUGUUUCAUCAGUAAGAAUUUACCGCUGGUGCAGGAAAGCCUCAAGAAGAAUUAAAUGCAUUCACAGAUGACGAGAAGUGAGCGUGCAGCCGGUGCCAAUCGAGAGAACGACAAGAACAACAACACCAUCAUCACACUACCACCAACAACAACAUCAUCACCAGUAACACAUCAACAACAACAACUGCAAUAAGCGAUUAAAUAAAAUAUAAACAACAGCAGUAACUGCAACACUCAAUCAUAAUAAAGUCAGGUAAAUCAUGUAAGAGAAGUCGCGCGCCGGCGGUAAGCAACUGAAAUGAAUAGUCAACAUUCAGACUCAUUUAUGUAUUAAAUAUGAAUAUUGAUAGAAUAUGCAUUUGCAAUAGUACGGUUGAAUCAUCUGGAAACGUCCUGUUAUUUUCGCAUUUAACAAUUACAAUUUAUUUUUUCGUUCACACAUUUAUGUAUUUACGCUUCAUUCGUUCGAUGUUAAUUGAUUUUCACGAAUAAAAAUGAAAUGAAUUACAAUGUGCAAGAGGA